CCCGACCACCACCAACGGAUGGCGACAUCCUCGCGGGCCAGAACGCGGAGCCGCGAAAGGCACGGUGGGCGCAUGAACCGCCAAAAAGCACAGGCUCCGCGGCCGGACUCCCAGUCAGAGACAGAUUCGGAAGAUGCUGACGGAGAGGGCGAGGGAGACAAGGCAGCAGCCAAAGGAGAUGACUUUGAGUUAGAUAGGGGGCUAGCACCGAACGCUGACUCCGCCCGAAAUACCCGAAAUACCGUGACGGACGUCAGCUCUAACCUGUGUAAGCGCAGCAAGGCUGCUCAAGAAACGGCCCAAACCGCGUUUGACGUUGCGCAGAGGGCGCUGACAGACAUGUUGGCGGUCAACGACGAGUUGCGUGUGGACAACGAGGAGAAGAGCAAUGAGUUUCAACGGGUAUUUCCACUCUACCAAGGCAUCAGCGUGGUAACGGUGAGAUACCAGCGGCUUGACGAUGCUAUGGCGGCAGAACGCAAUCACUUCAAUGACCUCCUCGACGACAUCGAGGCCAAGUACCAGGAGAUGAAAAUGCUUCUGGAGAUACGGGCGACGAGGAACGUCCAGAUUCCUCACGCCAUACAAGCGGCUCGACUUCAUUUGAAGCGAUUCAAAGUGCCCUUCCGGCCCAUGAAGGACCUUCCGGUUAUCUGCCCCGCCACUGACGAUCCCUGGCAGCGCCUCUCGUCGAGCCCCAUAACCGCCCGCUGGCUCAACCACAUCCUCUAUCUUCCAGAUCGAUCACUAUGUCUGCACAAAGCUGCAUAUCUGGCCUUCGCGCUUGCCGGGCAGUGGGACGACAGCGCGGGGGUAUGGCGCCCAGACUCCGACUUGAGCGCGCUCGUGGGGAGCGAGAAGGAGCUCGUUGUCAAGCGCGGGGGCAAUCUCUUUUACGUCGGGACUAGAGAUGGCGGCGUUCGGUUCGGUUCAGGCGGUUCGGUUCAGGUUCGAACUCGGUUCAAACGCUGA